AUGCGGAAGAUGGGCUUUGGGGAAAAAUGGAUGAAAUGGAUGGAGGGGCUGGUUUUUUCUAGUAGUAUGUCGGUCAUUGUUAAUGGUAGUCCCACCAAAGAGUUUAUAGUGGAAAGAGGAUUGAGACAAGGCGAUCCGAUAUCUCCUUUCCUUUUUGUCAUUGUAGCGGAAGGUUUGAAAUGCCUAAUCAAUAGAGCGGUGGCCAACGGAGACUAUGCUGGUUUUGUGAUUAAAGAUAGGUGCUUCUUAGACGUGCUUCAAUUUGCGGACGAUACUCUUAUGAUUGGAGAUGGUAGUUGGGCUCAUCUAUGGGCUAUCAGCUUGCAGCAAGGAGAAUAA